AUGAGUCCAAUCUGUGGUUGUAUAGCUACCACGCUCCUUCCGAACAAGCAAACUCUCCCACACAAGUACCUAUAUCACCGAGAUCCGAUCACCAUGCGUGUCAACAGUCUUUUGAUCGCAUCGCUCACUGGCGCCGCCUACGCAGCCCCAGUGCAAACAGUUCCUGAACUGAGCAUCGUUCAAGAAGUCGCUGGCUUGACCAAGUUGCCUGUCGGUCCUCGUCAGGCCAGUGGAUUGUCUGGUGCCCUUCGAGGCGUCACCGAUUCUGUCUCUCUUGAUCAGGUCACGGACAGUCUCCCAGUCUCGAGCUUCGGUGGCCUCAGGAAGCGUCAACUCGAUGCUGCCACCGAUAUUCUCAAGGAUCUCCCAUUGAAUGGCCUUGGUGAGCUUGGAAAGCGUCAGGACCCCCUUGAACAGCUCGAGAACACAGUCGGCGAUCUCAGCCUCCUCGGCCUGAAGGAGCGUCAGGUCGACAUCAACGAGAUCACAAGCGAUAAGCUCGAUGAUUUGGACAUCCUUUCGAACAGCAAGCGUCAGCUUGAGCCAGUCACCGAGGCGCUUAGCGACUUGAGCCUUCCCGUUGUCGGCGAUGCUACCAAAGUCCUCCCAAUCCGCAAGCGCCAGAUUGGCAACCCAGGCGCCGCUGAGCUUGAGAGCAUCACUGGUCUCACCAGCGGCCAGCCACUCCAGAACCUCCAUCUCCCGGUCCUGUCCGAACGUCAGCUUAAGGCCGUCACUGAUCUGCUUGAUGAGAAGGUGGUUAAGACUCUACCGAUCGCUGCUCGCGGACUUGCAGAGCGCCAGCUCAAGGCUGUUACUGACUUACUCGAUGAGAAGACCAUCGUCAAGACACUCCCGAUCGCUGCUCGUGGCCUUUCAGAGCGCCAGCUCAAGGCUGUCACCGACUUGCUCGAUGAGAAGACCCUCGUCAAGGCCCUCCCAAUUGAAGAACGCGAUGUUAAAAUGCAGUGCGUGGGAAAUGAGAAGGGCGAGUGCAAGGCAGUGGAGGAAGACACGUCGAGUGUGCAUGCUACUAAUGACCCAAAGUUGGAUGUGGUCAAGAGUGUUACUGAUGCUUUCAUCCUGUAG